GGUUCGGUUCCUGAGAGAGACCAUAAUUUCGUAAUUGGUACACAAUAAAUUCCUAGUCUACCCAAAAUUAAUUCCCAGCCCACCCAAAUUUUAUUCCCAGUCCACCCAAAAUUAAACUUACCUUGCGCCUCUGCGAACGAACGCUCGUGGCCUUGUGCGAAGAACGAACUAACAAAGGAAGGUCGAAGAAGCGGAAGAAGUCUGCUACCCUGCGAGCUUGCGACGAAGACGCGGCGAACAGCGAAACAGGUGAACAGCACACCUCCAGCCGCGCCACCGCCCACUCCGGCUCUCCGCCUCUCCGAAUCCGGUUCUGCCUGGCCGCCUGGGCUCUGCCUCCAGCUCCCCUUCUCCAGGAAGUUCAUGCUAGAAAUGUCCUUGGUUGCUAGUGCUAUUGCAAAUCCUUCUACAUUUCCAACAGGGUAUCAAGACUGUAAACAACUUGCCAAACAUAUUGCAUUCGUUCCAGUUGGGCUAAAGCCUCUUCAUGCAAAAUCACAACUCAGCCAAUACAGAAGAAAUUUAAUAUGUACUGCACAGGGGGGACGUACUUCCAUAAUGUGUUCAGCUGCUCUGAACGCAAGAUGUGCGGAAGGGCAAACCCAAACUGUUACUCGUCAAUCAUCAACCAUUACUGUCGCACCUAUUCAAGGAAAGGAAAAAUCUCCAGAGCUUGAUGAUGGCGGAGCGGGAUUACCGCCCCGUGAUGAUGAUGGUGAUGGCGGUGGAGGAGGUGGAGGAGGCAACUGGUCAGGCGGUUUCUUCUUUUUUGGCUUUCUUGCUUUACUAGGAUUGUUGAAGGACCAAGAAAGUGAAGGACCUUAUCAAGAAGACAGAAGAUGAAUGAAGUAUUUCUGUGUAGUAAUAUGUUCACUUGUAUUAUGGCUGCACAUCAGGCACAAUGGGUCGGGUUUGCUAUAUUUUUUGGGCCUACUCAAUUUGUUCGGGUUUGCUAUUAACCAGCCCCAGGGUAUGCAAUAAAAUUUGGUAAACCAUACAUGAAUGGGUCAAAUAGGGCCGGGUAUUCACUAAAAGACACUUGAAAUUGGAUUUUUAAUGUGGGA